ACGUGUUCUUGUGUAAAUUCAAGGACGUUCCGAAUAAUAUGACGUCAAUUACUAAAAUUAAAAUUGCAAGUCCUGCAAGGGGACUUUGUUUUUCCAAGGUGCCUGCGAAUUUUUUCAGAGACUAUCAAGUCGUAAGAAAAAAUUGUGAGGAAGCAAAGGAGACGAUAAAUAAGUGAAAAUAAACGACAGUAGAGCUUGGUCCUUCUUAUAAGUUGUGUUUGUUGCACAUUUAUAUGGCAUUUGCUCCACUUCCUCAACCUUUUCCUCUUAGAUUAUGGGAGAAGGUCUCCACAACGGGUGUUGAUUAUUUAACUUUAGCGUGCUAUGUUGUGUUUGGGUUUCUAAUAGGCUUGGAUGUAUGGCGGGCAUUGAGAAAACGGGCAACUUGGUUGCCAGGUAAGGCCUUUGCCUUAAGCGGUGUAACAGUGCAGAUAAUUGCUUGGUGGACCACUUUAGAUGAUCCUAUUGGUGUCAAUCAGGUUGAUUAUUAUCUUUUUAAUUAUCAGUCAGUUGUUACUGGAAGAGUUGCUGUGUGUGUGUUUAUAGGCUAUUUGCUACCUGGAAUGGCUGCUCCAGGUGUGAUAACUUUCGUGGCGUUAGCAAUAACUAUAUGUGGGCAAAUUGCAAUUGAAGUGCUCCUAUUUCUUGUCCAGGAACAUCAUAUUGUUCACCACCAAUUUAAAACACUUCAAUGGCUAGAUUAUUCGAGAGAAACUAUGUCUAUGAUAAAGUCGUCUACAAUUAUAAAUGUGAUUUUAUUCAUAUGUAUUAUAGUCCUUGCUUUACUAUUAGGUUGCACUAUUUUAGCGAGUAGAACUAUUCAUGGUCUUAUGAGGCAAAGGAUCUCAGCAAUUUUCUUGGAUGAGUUUCAGUUCUCAAAUGAAAGGACGGUUUCAAUUUCUUGGAAUGAUUUUGAGGAUAAAGUAGUCUGUUCAUGGUUUGUUGCUCGUGUUUGCCAGGUUGAUUAUGUGAUGUCCAGAUCAGUUUUGAGUUCAGCAGUUGGGUUAGUAGUCACCAUUUGUGUCGUACUAUCCCUCUUGUCAAAUACAGUCUAUAAUCGAUUCAUUCUCAAAUGGCUCGCUGAGUAUUUCCCAUUGUUUAUUUUCAUCAUAAUAGGAUGGGUUGCUAUUGUCUGGAGAUGGCUAGUUGUGCAAUUGUAUUUUCGUCCGCAUAAAUACAGUUGGAGAAGGUGUCUUUGCCUGGAGGAUUUUUGGACAAGCCACAUUGUUGAGUUGAUUCACAUGUACGAUUUAAAAAGAGAUCGACAGCGAUUCCAAGAUGUUGAAAGCUCAAGAUCAAAGAUGCCAAGGGCGAACAAGUUGCAGAGAUUGCCCACAAAGAUAUUUACCAAAGUCAGGUUGCACAAGUUGUUAUAUUUGGUGUUGUUCUUUGAGGUAUGUGUUGUGUUUUUCAGUAAGUGUUGUGGACUUCUGUCGGAGUUUAUUGUAGGCAACUUUCUGUAUUGGUGUAGUAAACACAUGAGGAAAGAAGAACAAGUUACAAUGCCUGAAAAGUAUGCAAAGAUUUUGGUGUCUAUAUGUUUGCCAGGAGAAGAUCCCUGUGAUUUGUGGGAAGCCAAUAAAAAGUCUUUUAAUAAAGUGAAGCUUCAAAUGCAGAAAGGUUGUAUGAAAGGCAUGUCAAGUGAGGAAAUCAAGUCAAUUUUUAGGCUGUACUCUCUGCAAUGGGCAGAAGAUGGGAUAGAACUUCUGAAUAAGCUUAAGAAAAUAGCACUUCCUUCCGUUCUGAAGCAUUUUCCAAAUGCAGAAAGACAUUCUGUGAAGAUGACAGUAGUGUCCCUCAUCACUAUCAUCAUUCGACUACAGAAGACCAAGUCAGAUCGUUUGAGGAAAGUUCUGAAAGCUUGUUGUGAAGUAUGGGACUUGCUGUGCUUUGCAGAUGAGUGUGAUAUUGAUCUCCAAGCCAAUGAAAUAAGCCUCUUUGACGAUUUCAAUAAAGACAAGGAUGAAGUUUGCAUGGCCGCGGAAAGGGAGUUCUACAAGCUACAAAUGGAGUACGAAAAAUCUUCUUCUGGUAGUGAUAAUUGUGUUAUAGAUGUUGAAGGGCCACGUAGAAUUCUAGAGGAUCUAUUAGAAAAAUGUGAGGGCGUGCUCAAAAGAGAAAAUCUAGUAGGAGAUUGCAAGGAGGAGGAGGUUGCAGGUUUAAGUGAUUCCAAGGACUGGAUGAAAGUAGCACCAAGCUACACCCUCUACAAACUAUGCAAAUUAAUGUUGGGUAAGGAUAUCGAGGAUUUUGUGGCAUGGACAGAAGAAUCUUUGAGAAAUGUUAUUGCUUGUUCUAUGUCAAGGCUACCAGAUAUGUUUGUAAAGCAAUGUUGGAAAUGGGCACAAGAGUUUGAAGAAGAUAAGUUAUGGGAAGUAGUUCAUCUCGCAGGCAAAUGUAGAGGAAUGAUGGAAGCUUGGGGCCUGGAACCAAAUUCGACAGUGAAUACCACACAACAAUGGACAAUCCAGGUCAUGCGAUCAACCCAGUUCCUUUCUGAGCUUUCCUCUGUGUGACAUUGUCUUUUAAUUUUGAGUGAUUUCUAUGUUCAUAUGAGUAUGCUAAAGUUGGUAGCGAAAACAGUAGUUUCUAUCUUCUAAGUCCAUUACCAUAUAUCACUAUUCAUAUAAUGCAUGGUAAAUAUAUAGUGCAUAUAGAUGCAUAUUAUUAUUAGUAUAUCUGCCUUCUUGAUGGUUAAGGAGAAACAAAAUAUAUUUAUUACAUGUUUAUAGAAAGAGUAUAGCUUACAAGAGAGAGGGCAUCUCAUGGCACCGCGGAUUUACUUUCUCCAUGUUUCUUUUGAAUUGUUCUGCUUGAAGAUUAGAAGUUGUCUUUUGAGAUUUUUUAUUUCUUAAUACACAAAAAAUGUAUAAUAUUUUUUUAAUAAAUAUUAGUACUUAUAGUGAAAGGAGGUGUUAGGUUAUGUUCAUAGUAAGAUAUGCUUUGUGUAAUUUAUGAGAGGAUAAAGAAAAAAGAAAUAUAAAUUUUUUUUCUUACAAGUAAUUAUUUACAAUAAAAAUCAAUGAGCAUGAAAUGUGAAAAGAUGUGAAUAUGAAUAGAUGUAACUUAAUUUAAAUUAGUAUGUUAUGCAAAAAAAAAUUAUGACAUAAAUUUUUUUUACAAUGUGAUUUAAGAAGAUUAACUUAAAAUAAACUUGUUAUGUUUUAAUUUCACCUAUAAUAUUUUGGUUAGUAUUAGUGCUAUAGUUGAAAGAUAUAAAGUUUAGGCUAAUUACUAGUAAUAUUGCAAAAAGAUCUAAUGUUAACGUAGGCAAGACAUGACGAAGAUAAAAAGAUGGAGUGCGAAAGUGAAGGAGAAAGUGGUGUUAGGGUUUUGUUGGUUGCAGGAGAAGCUAGGAAGGAUGUAGACCCAAAUGGAUAUGGGUUUGUAGAAUAAAUGUUUUUAGAGGCUAAGAAGGCUCUAGGUUUUGUGGACAACACUAGAAAGGUGGCCAGGAAUGGGUUUCCUUGCAGUGCCCUUUUCCUUGUGUGCAACACGCUCUGGUUUGGUAAUGCUUCCCUUAUUUGUUUGGCUUUUUGUUUGGGUGUUGGGCAUUGGUUUGAAGGGUUGUUCUUUGCCCUUGUCCUCUGGCUUGUGGUUUCUAAGACUGGUUGUGUUAGCCCCUCUUUCUUGGCAAUCCUUUUUUCUUUCCUUCCAGCUACUAGGUUGACUUGUUCAGUGGCUUUCUUGUGGGUUUCCAUGUGUCUAUUUUCUUUUGAUCUACGUAUGGUAAUCUUGGCUCCUCUGGCUACUACUUAGAUAAAUAAAGUGAUGUGCGGAGAAGUUGGGUUCACUACAUAGGGGUUCACUUGGUCCUGUUGUGUUUGGAAUUCUUUUUUACUUUGCUUUGGGUCAUUUUUGCCUAGAUAGGGUUUGAUUCCUUCAUGGCUUCGGUAGUGUGCUUGUCUUUCAUCAUUUAGUGUUCGAAGGGGGGUGGUAUUGGUGUUAAGGUUUAGGCAAAUCUGGAGCAAAUACAAAUUAAUAAUUAUAUGAAGUUACAAAAACAAAAGAUGAAGAAAAAUGCAUAACACAUAUAACAUAGAGAUUUAACGUGGUUCACCCAAGAUGAGCUACAUCCACAUAACACAACCGUCCAAUCUUUUCUUAUUAUCCAAUAAAUCAGUACAACACCAUUGCAUUGCCUUUUUUACAUUCCAACUGCUUAUAACAAGCAUUUUUUAGGGCAACACUCAAAGUUGGAUUUUUUUUCAACAAAAAAUGACAAUUUUUUUUUCUUUCGGGGCCACAAUACAGUACUUGCAUGAUUAGUCGCCACACAUCAACAAUCUCCCACUUGGAUACUGAUCAAGCUCCACACCAAACAAUCUUCCACUUGGAGACUGAUCCUAGACAACACUGUUAAACUUGUAGCUCCCACUGGAUAAAACUCCUGGAUUCGGUUGUUCCUUAAUUCCACAAUUUUCAAUCAAGAAGACCGAGAGAAACUAAGGAAAUCAGCUUCUCCCAUGGGACUACCUUUGUGAACUUAUCUAAAGGAUUGUCACUUGAAGGAAUCUUCUCAAGUUCUAACAGGCUAUCCUCCAAAACAGACCAGAUGAAGUGGUACCUGAGUUGAAUGUGUUUUUUCCUCGAAUGAAGAGCAUAAUUCUUUGCAAGAUACAUGACACUCUAGCUAUCAAUAUACAAUGGUCUAUCCUCUUGCAUUUGGCCCAAUUCCUCCAGAAAAUGUUGUAACAAAAUCAUAUCCUUGCUAGAUUCAGUAGCAGCUACAUACUCAGCCUCAAUGGUUGAAAGCGCAACAACCUUUUGCAAUCUAGAAAUCCAACUAACUGUAGUUCCUGUUAGCAGCAAUCAAGAAGGAAGACUGAGAGGGGGGGUGAAUCAGUCUUCACUGAAAAUCAGAUAAUUAAACACCAAAGCAUAAACUGAUAAACUAUAGCAACUGAAAAAUAAGCAAACGAACAGCAUAACACACAACACCAAGAUUUUUGAUAUGGAAAAAUCGGUCAAGGAAAAAACCAUGGUGGGUACCUACCCACAAUAAGAUGAUACUCUACUAUAGUAUGUGAAAAUAUUGCAAUGGGGAAUGCACGUGCAUUUAGGCACACUGUCUAGAGCUCACUGCUCAAAAGAUAUAUGCUCGGAAGUCUACAACCUUCAGGGAAGUCUCACUAACUUACAAAAUGAAUCGGACUACAAUCCAAAAGAAAUGAACUACAAUAGUAGCAUCCACAUAUGCCAGAUGACAGUUCCGGUUAAGCACAGUUGCCUGUUGUGCAACACCAAUCUCACCCCAACACUUCAUUGAAUGAUAUAUUUCUUCCUCGCACAUACAACUCUCUCUAAUAAUGCAGACAUAAUACCGACACCUAAAUAACAUAAGUAUAUCACCUAUAUAUACAAAUCAUCAACCUUGAUAGCAAGGUCAGCUAAACCAUCAACCCUCAAUUCAUAAAUACAAAAAUUACAUUACACAAUACAAGGAUCAACCACCAAACCAACAUUAUGAUUUACAUUACAUAGUAUGGACCUAAUUCAAAUUACCAAACAAUCAUAUCCACCGAAAAUCAUACCAAGAUCAACUGCAAAAUGCUACACCAUCAGAAUAUACCGCAUACAUCACCAGUUGAUAGAAAUCAUCAAAAUUUGCACAAAAAUCAAUGUGGAUCACCAAAACAAAUAGGACACGAUUAGGAAACACCAGCAAGCAUGUUAGAAUCAUCUAGAACAGUUGCACCAACACCUCAAAUCAAAUCUUCAUUGAUCAAUGUCUCAAAGCUCAAGAACACAACCAAGCAGCAACUGUCAUGAAGAAAGAUAACUUGUGGCUCACCAAAUCAUGAACCAUCUGAAAUGAAGAUACCCAAGAUCAUCCCAAAAUCUCAACACAAGAUCUGACCAUACCAUAAUAUAUCGGAGGGAAUACCGACAUGAACACCAAUAGGAAACACCAGGAACCAGUAACCAAAGAACAGCAAACCGGAUCUGAAAAUAUUCCCAAACUCACUGGAAUAAACCUCAGGAAUAUGUUGACAUCAAUGACAACAACAUAUCUAAAUUCACCAGAAUACAAAAAUCUCCCCAACAAUCUCAACAACUCAACAAUCUCCCCCUUUGGCAUCGAUGGCAAUAUAUGAAUGUGAAAAACAGUCAAUUCAAAGAAAGAAGAUAUCACCAACAGACUCCCCCUAAGAUCAAGAUAGAUAAUACAUUUUUUCACAUGAUCUCUCCCCCUUUGACAACAAUACCAAAGUUCUCCAAAAAUAGAAAACCAAACACACUCUCCCCCUUUGAAUAUGAAACACAGAUAUCUCUCUUCCAAAACAUAGAAACAUGAAUCUACCACAACCAAAUCAACAAACUAUUCUAGCAGAGAAUCAGCAUCAACACAAUAAUCCAGAUAAAAAAAUAAGACUCUAAAAUCCACCUGAUCGAUGCAAUUCAAUGCAUCUAUUUCUCAUCAAGAGGGGUGGUUACCCCUAUCUUAUCUCUCAAAUAGACAAAUGUAUCUGUAGGCAAAGGCUUAGUGAAAAUAUCAGCAAUUUGUUCCUUUGUAGAUACAUAUUCUAGCUUCACCUUUUGUUCACUGACUUGCUCCUUCAAGUAAUUGUAUUUGAUUGAUAUAUUCUUAGCCUUUAAAUGUUGUACUAGAUUCUUUGACAUGUUUAUAGCACUGAAAUUAUCACAGUAAUGAUUGUAGGCUCAUCAUAAAUAAUUAUGAUGUCUUUCAACGUUUGCUUCAUCCAAACUAUUUGAGUGCAAUUACUAGCAACAGCAAUGUACUCAGCUUCAGAAGCAGAUAGAGAUAGUGAGUCGUGCUUCUUGCUAGCCCAUGAAACCAACUUCUUACCCAAAAAUAAUGCUCCAAAGGUAGUAAUCUUCCAGUCAUCUACAUCACCUACCCAAUCUGCAUCAAUGUAAGCACACAACAUAAAAUCAUCUUUCUUAGGAUACCAUAAACCAUAUUCCACAGUUCCCUUUAGAUAUUUGAAUAUUCUUUUAAUAGCAGUAACAUGACUUUUCUUCGGAUCGACUUGAUAUCUAGUAGCCAUACAUAUAGCAUGCAUAAUGCCAGGCCUAGUCUAAGUAAGAUAUAAUAAUCCACCAACCAUAUAUCUGUAUAAACUCUGAUUAGCUCUAGGAAAUUCAUCAUUUUUAGACAAUUUACAAUCAGACAUCAUAGGAGUUCCAACUGGUUUGGAAUCAUCUAGUCCAAAAUUCUUCAACAAUUCCUUCACAUACUUAGUUUGAGAUAUAAAGAUACCUUUCUCUAUCUGUGCAAUCUACAAACCUAAGAAAAAAUUCAUCUCACCAAUCAUAGACAAUUCAAAUUCCUUUUGCAUAUUACCGGUAAACUUCAUACUUAUAUCAUCAUCACCACCAAAAAUAAUGUCAUCAACAAAGACUUCAACAAUCAAAAUGUUAUCAUUUCAAUUUUAAAAUAUAGAUUACUAUCAGCAGCACUUUUAGUGAAUCCUAAUUUCAACAAGUAUUUAUCUAAUCUAGCAUACUAGACUCUAGGAGCUUGUUUUAAUCCAUAAAGUGCUUUCUUCAAAUUACAUACCAUAUCACCAUCAUCCAACAAUGAAAAUCCAUCAGGUUGUUUAGUGUAGACUUCUUCUUCUAGAUCACCAUUCAAAAAUGCAGAUUUGACAUCCAUUUGAUAUACCUUGAAAUCUUUAUGAGCAGCAUAGGCAAGUAACAACCUAAUAGCUUCAAUUCUAGCAAUCGGACCAAAAGUUUCUUCAUAAUCAAUUCCUUCUUGUUUUGAAUACCCUUUGCAGACCAGUCUAGCUUUAUUUCUUACUACUUCACCUGCUUCAUUCAAUUUGUUCCUAAAAACCCAUUUAGUACCAAUAUCAUUUUUAUCCUUAGGACUAGGCACAAGUUCCCAAGUAUUAUUGUUUCCAUUCUGAUCUAAUUCUUCUUCCAUGGCCGUUAUCCAAUUCUCAUCUUUACAAGCUUCAACAACAUCUUUAGGUUCAACUUUUGAUAUCAAACAUACCUCUUCUACAACUAACCUUCUUCUAGUCAUCACACCUUUAUUCUUAUCACCAAUAAUCUGAUUCUCAGAGUGCUUUAAUCUAACAUACCUCAUAUUCUUCUGAUUCUCAGAUUCCUGCACAUCAUCACCAGCAGCAACAACAUCUGUAUUAAUAGUCUUUGUCUCUACGGGAUCAUUUUGCUUAGGUCCUUUAGGUUGAAGCUAAAACAACAUGCUGACCUUCAUCAUAAGCUUUGAUCUCCUUUCCAAGGUUCUCAUCUACCUUCACACAUGCACUCUCAACAAUCUUUCUCAGUCUCUUGUUAUAGCAUCAGUAGGCUUUACUCUUUGUGUAAUAUCACAAAAAGAUACCUUCAUCACUUCUAGCAUCAAACUUUCCAAUAUCCUCAUCUCUCUUGAUAUAACAUUUCCUACCAAAAACUUUGAAAUAUUUCACAACAGGAACAUGACCAAACCAUAGCUCAUAAGGGGUCUUACCGGUAUCACCUUUGAUAUGAACUCUAUUAAAUAUGUAGAUUGCAGUGCUAAUGGCUUCUCUCCAGUAGAUAUUUGGAACAUUUCCUUCAAUCAACAUAGUCUUUGCAGAAUCCAAAACAAUACGGCUCUUCCUUUCAACAACUCCAUUCUAUUAUGGGGUUCUAGGAGCAGAAAGUUGUCUUCUGAUUCCAUGCAUCUCACAGAAAGAAUUGAAAACAUUAGAACAAAAUUAUCCACCUCUAUCAAAUCUCAGACACUUCAGCUUCAAUCCAGACUCGUUUUCAACUUUAGCUUUGAAUAUCUUGAGUUUCUCAAAUGCUUCUGAUUUCUCUUUCAAAAGGACAACCCACAUCAUCAUGGAAUAAUCAUCAAUUAGCAACAUAAAGUAUCUAUCUCCUUGCACACUUCUAACAUUUGUAGGUCCACAUAGGUCAGUAUGCACAAGAUCCAGCAAUCCAUCUAAUAUAUACCAUUUGUUCUUAAAAGAAAUUCUUGUUUCCUUACCCAACUAACACUCCUUACAUACCAGAUUAACAAGUUUAAUAAUCUUAGGCAGAUCUCUAACAGCAUGUGUAGAACUAAUCUUGAUCAGUGAAUCAAAGUUUACAUGACAUGUUCUUCUACGCCAUAACCAACUCUCAUAUAUCUUAGCAAUCAAAAAAAAUUUAUCACUUACAUGCAAAUGAAAAAUGUUACCUUCACUUUUAGUCCCAGAUGCAAUCUCUAUACCGGAGGCAUUCAAGAUUUUGCAUUUACCAUCCUUUAAUUGCAGAUCAUAACCCGUGUCAACCAUUUAUCCAACACUCAAAAUACUAUGCUUCAAACCUUCAACAUACAAGACAUCAUCAAUGUUAUGCUUACCAUCAAAAGAAAUAGAACCUCUCCCACAGAUUACACAAGCUUUGUCAUCUCCAAAUCUGACUAUUCCACCAUCAUACUUUUUCAUACUUACAAAUUUUCUUUUAUCACUGGUCAUAUGAUGUGAACAACCAUUGUCAAUCACCCAUACACUCUUUUCUUCAACUUUUGCAGCCAAAUCCUUUUCUUCAAUAGAACAACUAGUUGAAUCAAUAGGCAUAGGUCCAUCUUCCUUAAUGGAAAUAAACACAACUUCAUCUCCUUUUGAUUCUUCAUCUGUAACACCUUCAUUUGUAGCAUAAUAAUAGUUCUUCUAGUUCAUAAACUUUCGGUUAGACUUAUAAGGCUUAUCAUACUUCUCAUGCUUCUCAUAUCUAUCAUUCCGAUCAUACUUAUCAAACUUAUCAUGUCUGUCAUAUUUAUUCAUUCUCUCCAAACAUAUAGAGGCAAAAUGGCCUAUCUUAUUGCAAUUAAAAUAUUUCAAAGGCAACUUUCCAUCAUACUUAUCGGAACCUUUAGGCAAUCUUCAAGCAAUCAAUGCUUCAAGCUCAUCAAGCUCUCUCUCUUUCUCUGCAAUCUCUCUUCUUUCUCUUUCAUACCUGGAUAUCCCGCAUUCAUUAGGAUCAUACUUUUGCUUACCAAAAAUAGAUACUGAUGCGCUAAAUGUUAUCUCAGACUUUUCAUGUGAUUCUCCAAAUUUGCUUAGCUCAAAUUCAGCAAGUUUUCCAACCAACAUAUCUCUUGUUACUGUAGUUACACUCCAGAUCUGAUCUAUAGCAGAAACCUUAUGUUUGUAAGAAGGAGACAAAGAUCUCAACACCUUAGCAACAAUCUCAUCUUCCUCAAUCUUCCCACUGACACAUCUGAUACCAAGGACAAGCUCAUUCACCUUAUCCAUGUAUGAAUGUAUGUUCUCAUCAUCUCACAUUUUCAAUGUCUCAUACUUUCCUUCCAAGCUCUGCAACUUAGCAAAUUUCACUUGACUAUCACCUUCAUAUAGGAUCUCAAACUUCACCUAGAUCUCAUGUGCAGUCUAAAGUUCCAUUACAUUUGUCAUUUCAGAAUCAGUCAGGGUACUGAGUAAUGCUUCCUUUCCUCUGAUAUUAUAUUCAAAUUCCUUAACUUCAUCAAGAGUGGAUGGUUCAUUCUGAGGAACAACAUAGACAUUCUUAGUAAUCUUCCAGUAAUCUUCUCCGAGACAUUUAAAGUGCACCUCCAUCCAUUUCUUCCACAUAAUAUAGUUGCUUCCAUCAAACCUCGGACUAUCCUUCUUGAAAAGAAUACUUUGAGUUUCCAUUCUAGAUCUUCCCAAGAGAUUAAGCUUCUACCGAAGGAUCUAGCUCUGAUACCAAUUAUUAGCAGCAAUUAAGAAGGAAGACUGAGAGAGGGGGUGAAUCAGUCUUCACCAAAAAUCAAAUAAUUAAACACCAAAGCAUAACUAUAGCAACUAAAAGAUAAGCAAAUGAACAGCACAACACCAAGAUUUUUGACGUGGAAAAUCUGGUCAAGGGAAAAACCAUGGUGGGAACCUACCCAUAAUAAGAUGAUACUCUACAGUAGUAUGUGAAAAUAUUACAAUGAGGAAUACACAUCCAUUCAUGCACACUGCUAGAGCUCACUGCUCAAAAGAUAUAUGCCUGAAAGGAUACAACCUUUAGGGAAGUCUUACUGACUUACAAAAUGAAUCAAACUACAAUCCGAAAGAAAUAAACUACAAUAGUAGCAUCCACAUAUGCUAGAUGACAGCUUCGGUUAAGCACAGUUGCCUGUUGUGCAGCACCGAUCUCACCACAACACUUCACCAAAUGAUAUAUCUCUUGUUCACACAUACACCUCUCUUUGAUAAUGCAGACAUAACAUCGACACCUAAAUUACAUAAGUAUAUCAGCUAUAUACAAAUCAUCAACCUUGAUAGCAAGGUCGGCUAAACCCUUAACCCUCAACUCAUAAAUACAAAAAUUACAUUACACGAUACAAGGAUCAACCACUAGACCAAUAUUAUGAUUUAUAUUACAUAGCAUGAACCUAAUUCAAAUUCCCAAAUGAUCAUAUCCAUCUAAAAUCAUGCCAAGAUCAACUGCAACACGCUACACCACUAGAAAAUACCGCAUAACACAAAUCAUCACCAGUUGAAAGAAAUCACUGAAUUUAUCACAACGAUCAAAGUGGAUCACCAAAACAAAAUUGACAUGAUUAGGAAACACCAACAAACACAUUAGAAUCAUCCAGAAUAGUUGCACCAACAUAUCAAAUCAAAUCUCCAUCGAUCAAUGUCUCAAAGCUCAAGAACACAACCAAGCAGCAAUUGUCAUGAAGAAAAAUAACUUGCAGCUCACCAAAUCAUGAACCAUAUGAAAUGAAGAUAUACAAUAUCAUUCCAAAAAAAAUCCAAAAAUCUCAGCACAAGAUCUGAUCAUACCGGAAUAUACUAGAGGGAAUACCGACAGGAACACCAAUAGGAAACAACAGGAAUCGAUAAUCAAAGAACAACAAACCAGAUUAGAAAAUCUUCCCAAAAUCACCAAUUUAACCCUUAGGAAUAUGUUGACAUCAAUGACAAAAAAUAUCCAAAUUCAACAACCAAAUCUAACAAACUACAACAAUCUCCCCAACAAUCUCAACAACUCAAUAGUUCCCCCUACAAUAAAAACAUACCUUGUAAUUAUCCUCCUUGUAUCAAUAUCACCUGCUAGAUCAGAGUCAACAUAUCCUUGUAGAGAAGAAUUUGAUCCUUUGAAACAUAAUUCCUUUCUAUAAGUACCUCUCAAAUACCUGAGAAUCCAUUUGACGGUAUUCCAAUGUUUCAUUCUCAGAUUGCUCAUAUACCUGCUCACAGCUCCCACUGCAUGUGCAAUAUCUAGCCAUGUGCAUACCAUCGCAUACAUCAAACUACCAAUAGCUAAUGAAUAUGAGAUGUUAGACAUUUUAUUUACCUCUUCCUGUAUCUUUGGACACAUCUCCUUAGUCAAUUUGAACUGACUAUCCAAAGGUGUACCAACUGUUUUUGCAUUAUACAUGUUAAACCUCUUAAACACCUUUAUAUACUCACUUUGGGACAAAGUUAAACUUCUAUUUUUCCUGUCCUGUGAAAUCCUCAUACCAAGGAUUUGGUUAGCUACACCCAAAUCCUUCAUAGAAAAUGACUUUGCUAAUUUUUGUGUAAGUUCAUUUAUAUGUUGCAUGUUAGACCCAAAAACAAGCAUGUCUUAAACAUUGUUUCAAUGCUAAAUAUUUGGUGCUUGCCCUAUUUGGCGCAUGCCAAAUGUGGAAAAUGGAAUUUUACCAUUUGGCUAGCACCAAUUUUGGCAUGCACCAAAUGGGAAAAGCCCAUUUUUGUGCCCCUCUCUCUUUUGGCUUGUUAGACCUUGUGGUUGGAGUUCUAUGUGGUUUGAACCUUUUUGGUAUUGGUCAACUUUGGUUUUGGUUGUGAUGUUUGACUAUGACCUUUGGAUUCUUAUGUGGUAUUCAUACUUUGUCCUUUAUGAUUCGCUGCAAUUCAUGAUGUUGUUAUAUGAUUGUGACCAAUUAUUUAUGUGUCGAUGUCUAUGAUGGAUUGAUAUGAUGUUGUUAAUGAUGUCCUUAUUAGAUGUUAUUCAUGUUCAGUACUUAGUUAAUUGUGAUGGAUUACUUAUGAGUUAUUGUGUUUAUCGAUGCAUAUUGAUCAAUGUACAUUGCUAUUAUGUUUGAUGUGAUUGGGUGAAAGGGAAAAGUGUUGCACUACUCUUCACGGGCAAGCUACGUCGCUUCCAUUCCCUAUUCACGGUAUGAUACUAUGUGGUUUAUAUAUACAUAUUUGAUGGUUUAUUUAUUUAGUUGUAGGUGUCGAGCAUCAAAUCCACCCAAAUCUUUAGAUCUUAGUGUGCUCUACAACCCAAUGUUAAAGUAAAAAAGGGAGAUAUCAGUCAGACCCCUGUCAGGCACCCUAGUUCUUUGUUUGUCAGUGAAACAAUCACUAGUUAGGAGGGACCUCAAAGAGAUCAAUCUAGACCGAUCAGCAAGAGUAAACACAAUAGAAACAUAAGGACAUGAUGGAGGUAAUGCAACACAAAUUGAAUUAUAACAUGAAAAUUGAUUACAACCAACCAGUAACAACCAAGUUAUAGAAACUGGCUCAUGGACCUGCUAGAAUAUGCUCAAAGUACAUAAUAGGUCACAACUGGGACCUCAAAUCUCAAGAUUUGUCUUCUAUGGUUAGUCUAACUUCUUGAUUGCAUUAUAAUGCUCGAUUAUAAUGCCACACUUCAAAAAAACUAAAAUGGUCAUAAGGCACCCGCACUAUAGGGCGUGCGCCUUAUGACCUUUUCAAACUUUUAAAAAACCCAAGUUCGCAUUUUAGAUGCAUUCUGUAUUCCCAAACCCGUGUUUUGGCAAUUUGGGGUGCCAUUUUAUUGCGCUCGUCCUUUUUAGAAGCUUGAUAUUGGGCACUAAGUUGUCCAUGUCUCAUCAAAAUGUCGCCACGCCAUCAAAGAGCUCGAAGAGCUUGAAGAGGUAUGUAUUUUUCUUUUCUUAUUUUCAUUUUUUAUUAAUUUGAAGAAUAAACUAGGGUUAUUGAUUUAAAUUUAUUUUCAUUAUCAAGAAAUGAGAUUAGACAAGAAAAUUUUGAAAACACUCAAUCACCUCCUCAUGAAGACCAUAUUGAAGAAGAAGCACAUCAAGAACCUCCUACAAUCCCUAGACAUUCCAUAGGUACACAAGAAAACCUAUUAGGUCAAAUAGAAAAUAACUAAAAAGAGCUUGAAGGUUUAAUCACAAGGCUAAAAGAUCCCAUUGGAACAAACUCCCAUAGGACAAACCUUGCCAGUUCUUUCCAAUCUAUUGUAUCUCACAUACAAACCGUGAGUGGACAAAUAAAUUUUUGGUCUAGUAAGAAGGAAGAACAAAAGCAAUUUUAUGCUGACAAAUUAUCAUAUGUGGUAGUGAAGAAAAAUUAAAUUAAUAAUUUUGACUUGUGUACUCUUGUUACAAACCCCCGAACGAAUCAACCUUUACACCCUGGAUGUAGGAGAUUCCCUAUUCAUUGGUGUCAUCAUGAAGGAAUUAAGAAUGGAUUUUUGGGAUAGGUGGUGGAUGGUAUUUGAUCAACCCCCAUGCAAUAAUCAUGAGGCACCCCAAUACUUUUUGAGAAAACUGUACUGUGAGUUUGUCCUUAAUGAGAUCCCAAACUAUUUUGAUUUUCUAUAUUUCCAAGGUAGAGGUAGGAGUUCCUCACAUGAUAGAGAGGGUUCACAGCAUGACCCAAAUCUCCCACCAAGACCCUUGGCCAGACCUAUGGUGGAGAAUGUUAUUAUUCAUUCCAUUGUGAAGGAGAGUAUUGAGGUUGAAACUCUAGACUCCAUUAUCUCACUCACUCAGACCCUUAUACAGUAUGCAUGGCCUCUAGUAGAGUGUGAUGCGAGUGAUGAUGUUGAUUCUUCUAGGCUUCAAGUUCCAGCUUAUUUUUGUCGAUCUUGUGGUUCUCUUUGCACUUUUGAUCCUAAUAGUUCUGAGAAUGCACAUGCACGAGCGGAGUUUGCUAUAGAGGGUAUUGUCAUGACAGAAUCCUUGUUGAACCAAACAUUUGGCUUUGAUACCCAAGUGAAUUUAAUUACAAGUUCAUUUCAUUUUUUUUAUUAAAUAUUAUAUGGAAAUUUGAGAAUAUAUCUAAAUUAGUAAAUUAUUAUGAUAAAAAAUCAGGGUCAAAGUGUUCACAAUACUAGCAUCAUUCUUGCAACACCCUUUUUCACGACUUCAUCAACUCCACAGUUUGAUACUAGAGCUUCAACAUCAACACCUCACAGUGUAUUUCAACAACAAUCUUUCACCCGGAUGUUGACAUCAGAGACUCAUCCCACUGUUUGUGCAUCAAUGGAGCGCAGUGUUGCUGCAGUAAUAGAAAGUUCAACUACUUUGACAAAUUUAUGAGACAUAUUUGAAAAUUUAGUAAAUUUAGCAUUACAUUUGUUAUCUUAAUAAUAUGUUAUUCAAAAUCUUAACGACAUUUGUAUUUAAUUUAAUUUAUAUUGUGAUGCUUACAGGAGGGGCUUGUCACUCCAGAUCAUGAACGUGCACCUGUUGUGGAUGAACAUCAUGAUUAUUUGUAUGCGCUAAGUGACUAUUUAUAUUAUAUGUCAUUCUAAAUUCAAUUUUGUAUAUGCUAACAUCAUUAUUUUCAUUGUAUCAGGUGGAGUUACAAAAAAUUCUAGAGAGGAGGUUGAGUGGGCGUACUCGAAAGACACUUGCAUCAUAUACAUCUCCAUCCCCUUGACAGGAAAAGAUAUCUCAUGAUUUGUUUCCUUCCCCUAGAGGGAAAUGAAUAGAAUAGGGUCCUAUGGUGUAUGCCUAUAUGGCAAUUUUGAACAUAUGUUUUGUAUUAUGAAUAUGUGACAUUCUAUGUUCAUAUGGCUUUUGGCAAGCUCCUAUUUAACUUUAUUGGAUACCAUGUUGUUUAUGGCAAUUUUGAACA